AUGCAUUCCUCUCUUGCUCUAUUCAGUAUUGUUUUCGUAGCUCUUGUUGGUUCGCUUUAUGCUCAAUAUGACCAACAGGAACAGUUGGCUGGAAGUGAACCAAGUAAUUUAGCGCGAUUAUUACCAAUCCUUAGCCGUCGAGCUCGUGCAACGUCUUGUCCUGCCGGAUUGUGUUUAUCGAAAUGGGGUUAUUGUGGUAACACAGCUGAGCAUUGUGGUUCAGGAUGUAAAAGCGGCCCAUGUAAAGGUGGUUCGGGAAACAACGGUGGUCAACGAAGUGGGGAAGCAACAUAUUAUGCUCCUGGUCUUGGUGCUUGUGGUGGAUAUAAUCAUGGAAAUGAAUUUGUUGUUGCUAUGGCUGCUCCAGAUUUUGAUCCACACACUCCAAAUCGUAAUCCAAAUAACAAUAGACUUUGUGGUCGACAUAUUUCAGUGAAUGGACCUCGAGGCUCAGUGACUGUCCGAGUUGUUGAUCGUUGUCCAGUAUGCAAACCUGGCGAUUUGGACUUGAGUCCAGCUGCUUUUGAUCGAAUCGCCAAUCGAAAUCAAGGACGAGUUCGCAUCAACUGGCGUUUUGCUUAA